AUGAAGCUGAUUAAGCUUGGAAAUGAGAGUGAGGAGUGUCUGAACAGUGACAUAAUCUUUGAUAUUCUGUCACGGAUUCCUGCUUCGCCGUUGCUUGGUAUGAAGUGCGUUUCGAAAAGAUGGCAAACAAUUAUUUCAAACCGUUCAUUCAUCAAAGCUCAACUUCAGAAAGCAGAGCUUGUUUUGGAUGGUUUCAUUGUUCAAGAUGGGAAUAUGUUAAGCAAACAGGAUGUUAAAACUGUUAGUUACAUUCCGGUUGAGUCGAAAAACGAGGAGGCUCCAGUAGUUCACCAGAAGGUUUUCAGUUUUCUUCCUGAAGAGGUUCUUGUUUUGGGGUCGUGUAAGGGGAUUGUAUGCUGUCGUAGCCGUUUUCCGUCUCCGAAUCCAAUGUUGUAUCUCUGUAAUCCUUUGAUCAGAAACUGGAUUCAAUUGAAGUGCCCUAUUCGAUGUGACGUAACGGAUAGUAUAGCACUUGUUUUUGAUUUUGAGCCAUCCGAUUUCAAAUUGGUAAGGUUGAAACGCUUUGAGAAGAUCAACUAUGAGGAAGUGUGGGAGGAGGGAGAGGGAUCGGAAUCGGAAGAGGGAUCGUUCUUCUUUACAUUUGAAUUGUACUCAUCAGAAACAAAAACAUGGAGGAAAUCGGCUGAGACAUGCGAUUGUAAUCACGAUUUGAUUAAAAACAAAGGUUUAUACAUUGGAGGUGUCUUACAUUGGCUGACAGAAGGUGAUAAAAUCAUCACCUUUAAUGUUGAAAAGGAGCUGUGUUUGUUGAUUUCAGUACCUGUUCCCGCAUCGGAGUUUAGGUCUGUCCCUGAAGCUUGUAUCGGAGAACACGAAGGAAAACUUCAUUAUGUUCAGAUAUCAGAAAAAGGUCUUCAUGUCUGGUAUCUUGAUACUCUUGAAGAUUAUUUUGAGUUUAACUGGAUACUCAAGCAUUUCAAGAGUUUGGAGGAUUUUGAACAAGAACAUCCACGCCGCUUUGUGAAUUUAAAGAAGAGAGUGUUGGCGCGAGUGAUUGAGGAUACAAAUCCUUGGAUGAGCCCUCUUGGUUUCCAAGACGGGAAAUCGCUGAUCAAAGUGUCUUCAGAGCUUUAUAUCUAUGACAUGAAGAGUGGAAAGACAACUCAUGCGUGUUCGUAUCUACAACUCAACCCACAAUCCAUGUCGCCUUCUACAGUAUUUCCUCAUUCCUUGACCCUGGUUUCCCUAAAUGAUGCUUAG